ACAACUUUACUGUUUUAUGUAGAUUCGCAUGUGGUAGAAUUGGGAUUGCACAUAAGAUAAGAUGGGGCUGUUGGAUCUCUUCAUCACUGCAUCAAUGCCCGUCCUCAAAGUCCUUUUGAUUACCGCACUUGGAUUACUACUUGCUCUCGAUCGUAUCGACUUAUUGGGACAAGAUGCAAGAAAACAUUUGAAUAAUAUAGUAUUUUUUGUAUUGAAUCCAGCCCUUGUCUCCAGCAACUUAGCCAAAACAAUCACAUAUGAAAGCUUGAAAAAAUUGUGGUUCAUGCCUUUCAAUAUACUCUUCACUUUUAUUGUUGGUUCAAUUCUUGGUUGGGUAGUCCUUCAAAUUACAAGGCCUCCCCAACAUCUACGUGGACUGGUUGUUGGCUGUUGUGCUGCAGGAAACUUGGGCAACAUGCUUCUCAUUAUUAUUCCAGCCGUUUGUAAAGAGAAAGGGAGCCCUUUUGGGGAUCCUGGUGUUUGUCACACAUAUGGAAUGAGCUAUGCUUCACUUUCGAUGGCAGUAGGGGCAAUUUAUCUAUGGUCUUAUGUUUAUAAUAUUGUGAGAAUAUCAUCAAGUAGGAGCUCAAAGGAAGUUGAGAUCAAUGAUUCCUCCGCCAGUAUAUCUUCGAGAGAAGGCUCUAUAUCAACAGAAUCACUACUUCCGGCGAAGGCCCCACCAGAACAACUUGGGCUUCCUUCCACUAGAUUUGAUCACAAAACUCAGGCCCACCUUGGUACUGGACUAAAGCAGUUCAUGGAAAAUGUUUCAAGGAAGAUCAACCUGAAGAGAUUAUUGGCCCCUUCUACCACUGGAGCGAUUGCAGGUUUUAUAGUUGGACUUGUACCUCAGAUAAGGAAGUUGAUGAUUGGUGAUGUAGCUCCUUUACGUGUAAUCGAAAAUUCAGCUAUUUUACUAGGGGAUGGAGCCAUUCCACUUCUAACGCUGAUCAUGGGAGGUAACCUUUUGAAGGGUUUGACCGGUUCAGGGAUUCAGAAAUCCCUACUUCUUGGCAUUAUUGUUGUCAGAUACAUUGCCCUUCCUCUUAUUGGUAUCGUUGUAGUCAAAGGAGCUAUUCGCUUGGGCUUGGUGCAACAUGAUCCAUUAUAUCAAUUUGUGCUUUUACUUCAAUUUGCACUUCCACCAGCAAUGAACAUUGGCACCAUAACACAGUUAUUUGGAGCUGGUGAGAGUGAGUGUUCAGUGAUUAUGUUUUGGGCUUAUGCAUUGGCUUCAAUAGCGCUUACUCUGUGGACAACAUUCUUCAUGUGGCUUGUAUCUUAACUUCAUUUUUUUAAUAUCAGACAUAAACAAGUUGAC